UCAAUUAAUUUGUGUUUUUUCUACUUGUAUUGGUCUUUGAUUAUGUUUGUUACAGCCAUGCCGUCAAACUAGUAUGUCGACUCUAAGGGCGUAUCGGAACUCGAAGUCUGCUUCGGAACGUGCAACGUUGGUAGGCAUGAUGAACAAUGUCAUCGCAAUUGCCAAGCAACGGGGUAAAUCACACGCUAAGGAGAUUUGGUAUAGUGAACGGGUUUAUGUACCCGUCAACCAUGAUAACUGUCAUUGGUUCUUGAUGGUCCUAUAUCUAAGACAACGGGAGAUCAUUAUUAUCGAUAGCUUAGUGUUAAAUCCUCUCCUAAAGUAUAAGCAGAUGAUCAAUUUGAUGACGGAGGAGCUCCCGAUUCUCUUUCAUGCCACCGGAGACGUCACCGCGCUUGAAGGGAAGACUUGGACUGCCAAAUCCAUGAAAUCUAUGCCGAAGCAAUGCAAUGGUUUUGACUGUGGCAUUUUUGCAUGA